AUGGAAUCGAAAAACUUGCCUCCAGAAGCAUGCUUCGCCAAUUUUAGAUGGGAAGACUGUGGUAGACCACCUGUUAAAGUUCUUUACUAUUGGAAACCAGGAUCGAGAUGCGAAGUUGGAGUGUGGCGAGGGUGUUUUCCAAAUAUGAAUAUGUUCAAGAAUGAAUACGAAUGCGUUGCCACGUGUAUAUUUACAGCCCGAGCUGAGUCUUCAGACUAUCAUGCCUUAAAGGAACCAGAUAUUUCUGAAAGCGCUACUACGUUUGAAAAUGAGACUAGUGUAGAUAAUUUAAAGUUAUCAUUAGAUGAAGGAAACACAACAUAUGCUGUAAAUCAAACUAUUACAGGUAAUAGUAGCAUAGCAGGUAACGCUACUAAGAUAUCACCAGAUGAAGGAAACACAACAUAUGCUGUAAAUCAAACUAUUACAGGUAAUAGUAGCGUAGCAGGUAAUGCUACUAAGAUAUCGUCAGAUGAAGGAAACACAACAUAUGCUGUAAAUCAAACUAUUGCAGGUAAUAGUAGCAUAGCAGGUAGCGCUACUAAGAUAUCAUCAGAUGAAGGAAACACAACAUAUGCUGUAAAUCAAACUAUUACAGGUAAUAGUAGCAUAGCAGGUAACGCUACUAAGAUUAAC